AUGUUGAAACAUUUUCAGUACUUUUUAUACGUCGGUGUUCUUGCUUUCAUACUUUUGGUUCACGCUCAGGAUCAAUCAGGCUUCAUCAGUUUGGAUUGUGGAAUAUCAGAGGAUUCUAGCUAUACUGACCAGACAACAGGUCUAAACUACAUUUCAGAUGAAUCCUUCAUAGACACCGGUGUAAGCAGGAGUGUAUCACCCGAAUAUCAGAACAGUUUCGUUCAAAAGCAAUUUUGGAAUGUCAGAAGCUUCCCCGAUGGGAUGAAAAACUGUUACACCCUAAAGCCUGCUCAAGCAAAGGGCAACAAGUACUUGAUCAGAGCAAGAUUCUUGUAUGCAAAUUAUGAUCAGAAUGGCACAGUGCCAACAUUUGACCUGUUCGUCGGAGUUAAUAAAUGGAAUACUGUGAAACUAACCAAUGAAUCUAUGAUCACAACCAUGGAGAUUGUUCAUAUCCCAAAUACAAAUUACAUAUUUGUAUGCCUUGUUAAUACUGGCUAUGGAACUCCUUUCAUAUCAGCAUUGGAGCUUAGGCCUCCGCAAAAUUCGACUUAUAGAACUCCUUAUGCAUCAUUACUACUUUUUGAAAGGCUGGAUAUUGGUUCUGCAACCAACACAUCAAUCAGGUAUAAAGACGAUGUGUAUGACCGAAUCUGGUGGCCGUUUAACUUCGUAUACUGCAAGCUCUUAUCCACCUCGCUUACCGUGGAUGCUAACGCUCUCACUGCUUUCUACCCACCAUCUUCAGUCAUGGAAACUGCAGUGACACCAGUCAAUUCCAGUGUUUCUCUGGACUUUUACUUGACACCUGAAAAUCCCACUUCCAAGUUUUAUGUCUACAUGCACUUUGCUGAAGUUGAAGAGCUCCAACCGAACCAAACAAGGGAAUUUAACAUAACACAAAACGGGGAGUAUUUUAUUGGACCUAUAUCUCCAAGUUAUUUGUAUUCAACAACUGCUUAUAGCAUUUAUCCAGUAAGUGGAGACAAAAUUCAGUAUUCUAUCUUUAGAACUCCAAAGUCAACCCUUCCACCCAUUCUCAAUGGCCUAGAGGUUUAUAUGGCGCUAGAAACGACAGAAUCACAAACGGACGAGCAAGACGUUAAUGCUAUGAUGAGUAUCAAGUCCAAGUAUGGACUAAGAAAUUGGCAAGGAGAUCCAUGCGCACCAAAAGAUUACUUGUGGGAAGGUCUUGAUUGCGAUUAUAGUGGUAGUGAUCCACUUAGAAUUAUAUCCUUGAACUUAUCAUCUAGUGGGUUGACGGGACAAAUAGAUCCCUCUCUAUCCGGUCUUAGUAUGCUAAACACCUUGAAUUUAUCAAAUAAUAAAUUAACUGGACAAGUGCCCGAUUUUCUUUCCGAUCUGCGAUUUCUACAAGUUCUAGACUUGAGGAAGAAUAAUCUUACUGGUCCACUUCCAGAUGGUCUGAUUAAAAGAUCAGACAGUGGCUCUGAGAGGAAGAAAGUUGGCAAGGCAAAUAAGACCAAUCUCUUGAAAAGGAUUGUGUCUCUGGAACCAAAAAACCAUCAGUUUUCCUAUUCUGACAUCUUGACAAUUACCAACAACUUUGAAAGAGUCAUAGGAAAAGGAGGAUUUGGAACUGUUUACCAUGGUUACUUGAAUGACACUCAAGUCGCUGUGAAGAUGCUCUCUCCAACAUCGGCACAAGGAAACAAGGAAUUUCAAGCUGAGGUCAAACUUCUGUUGCGAGUUCAUCACAGGAGCUUGACUAGCCUUGUUGGAUACUGUUACGAAGGCACCUAUACAGGGCUUAUCUAUGAAUACAUGGCUAAUGGAAAUUUAGGAAGGCAUUUAUCAGAUAAAAGUGCUUAUAUCUUGACUUGGGAAGAGAGACUGAGAAUAGCUAUAGAUGCAGCACAAGGAUUGGAGUAUUUGCAUAAUGGUUGCAAACCACCUAUAAUCCAUAGAGAUAUAAAGCCUUCGAACAUCUUAGUUAACCAGAGAUUCCAAGCCAUACUUGCUGAUUUUGGUCUUUCCAGAGUUUUUCCAGCAGAAGGUGACACCCAUGUGUCCACCAUUGUGGCCGGUACUCCUGGUUAUCUUGACCCUGAGUACUACAUAUCAAAUUGGUUAAAUGAAAAAAGUGAUGUUUACAGCUUCGGAGUUGUUCUUUUAGAGAUAAUUACAAGCCGAAGCGUUCUUGUGAAAAUAAAUGACAGGUCCCACAUAAUUCAGUGGGUCUCUUCCAUGCUUCAAAACGGCGAAAUCAAAGAUAUUGUUGAUCAACGGUUACAAGGAGACUUCAGCUCAAACUCUGCUUGGAAAGCAUUAGAGAUAGCCAUGGCUUGUGUGUCCCCAACCUCUGCUAAAAGGCCAACUAUGACAAAUGCUGUGAUGGAUUUAAAGGAGUGCUUAGUAUUAGAGAUGGCAAGAAGAAAUGAUGGCUAUAAUACUGAAUCAAAAGAUUCAAUUGAGUUGAUCACUAUGAGUGUGAAUACAGAAUUAUCCCCUAUUGCAAGGUAA